CUUGGUGCAAUCUUUAAGCGAGAUUGCCAAGAUUGCGAUAAGACAGCUAUCCAUGGAUGCAGUUGGGCAACGCGGGUAAAACGGGAAGGAUUCGCUGUCAAUUUAGCCUGUCCAAUUCAGCCCAAAAAAAAGGACGGUUCUCGUGACGUUAAAGAUUUUUUAGCCCUGCUCGGAGUUGGGGCGAGAGUCCGUUCCUAUCGUUUGUAUCGAACACUAACUGUCAAAUUGUUGGUUGAACUUGGCAGUCGGAACUUGGCUCGUACGGGAAAAUCCUGCCGCGCCCUUUGA